AUGGGGACGGGGAGGCCUCGAGAAGGGCCCAGAGCUCCAGAAACCACCUCAAACAGGGCCAGAACCCACCAAAAGAGGUCCAGAACCACCUCAAAGAGCUCCAGAACCACCUCAAAGAGGUCCAGGACCCACCAAAAGAGGUCCAGAACCACCUCAAAGAGGUCCAGGACCCAUCAAUGGAGCUCCAGAACCACCUCAAAGAGGUCCAAGAACCCACCUAAAGAGGUCCAACACCCACCAGAAGAGGUCCAGAACCCACCAAAAGAGCUUCAGAUCCACCUCAAAGAGGUCCGGAACCACCUCAAAGAGGUCGAAGACCCCAUCAAGGAGAUGUAG